AUGAUGUACCUAGACAACAAGAUUCUUUUUGACUCUGACAUCUUUGUCUCCUUUUCUUCCGCUUUCCUCACUUCCUCUCACAACAUACAACCAUGGCUUCUGUGGCAAGGACUAUUCGUCCCUUCCUUCGCCCCUCGUCUCUCCAGUCUCCGCUGCGUCAGCGAGUGCUCUCGAGANCCAUGUUGGCGAAGUCUCUCAUCCUCGCCAUCUCGGCACCAAACCACCACCGGCGAACCCCACGACCUGACCGGCGCCAUCCCCACCCCCAUCUCCCACAUGUCCGAAACCGAAGUCAUGAUGGCCGAAAGCGUAUCCAAAUUCGCCAACGACAUCAUCCUUCCCAAAGUGCGCAGCAUGGACGAAAACGAAAAAAUGGAUCAGGAGAUUAUCGAACAGUGUUUUGAGCAAGGCCUCAUGGGUAUUGAGAUCCCUGAGGAGUUUGGAGGUGCAGGGAUGAAUUUCACGGCUGCUAUUGUGGGUAUUGAGGAGUUGGCGAGAGUGGAUCCUAGUGUUAGUGUUAUGGUGGAUGUGCAUAAUACUUUGGUCAACACUACGUUGCUCAAGUAUGGUACCAAUGAGAGUAAGCGCAAGUGGUUGCCUCAGUUGGCUACCAACACUAAGCUUACAUUGUUCCAGNGCUCCUUCUGUCUCUCCGAACCAGUCUCUGGCUCCGACGCCUUCGCCCUCAAAACCCGCGCCGAAAAGACACCCGACGGCUACCGCAUCAACGGCUCCAAAAUGUGGAUCACAAACUCUCUAGAAGCAGGUUUCUUCAUCGUCUUCGCCAACCUCGACCCCUCAAAAGGUUACAAAGGCAUCACCGCCUUCAUCGUCGACAAAGACACCCCCGGCUUCAGCAUCGCCAAAAGGAAAAGAAACNUAGGUAUCAAAGCCUCCUCCACCUGCGUCGUCAAUUUCGACGAUUGCGAUAUCCCCAGAGGAAAUUUGCUGGGUGAGGAAGGCCAGGGCUAUAAAUACGCCAUUGGCAUUUUGAAUGAAGGUAGGAUUGGAAUCGCAGCUCAAAUGACUGGAUUAGCAAUGGGAGCAUUCUCCAAUGCUGCUUCUUACGUCUGGAACGAUCGAAAGCAAUUCGGCACCUUGGUUGGAGAGUUCCAAGGCAUGCAACACCAGCUCGCUCAAGCGUGGACAGAGAUCUGUGCAGCGCGUGCCAUGGUCUACAAUGCGGCUCGCAAANAGGAAGCAGGCGAGGAUUUCGUCAUGGAUGCUGCCAUGGCCAAGUUGUACGCUUCUCAGGUUGCGGGUAGGGUUUCUGGACAGGCUAUUGAGUGGAUGGGAGGUAUGGGAUUUGUGAGAGAAGGGUUGGCGGAGAAGUAUUGGAGGGACAGCAAGAUUGGUGCUAUUUAUGAGGNNGGGACGAGCAAUAUCCAACUCAGCACUAUUGCCAAGUUGCUGCAGAAGGAAUAUACCAAGUAA